GUCAGAUCUUGAGCUAUGAAUCCUCCGAACCGGUUCUGUCUGGAUCUUCUACUACGGCAAUGGAGACUCGGAUUCUUCUUCUUUCGUUAUCAGUGCUUCUGCUCUUCAGUGGCUUCUGCUCUGCAACUCCCUCCUUUGACUCCUCUAAGAAAGACGAAGAUCUCGACGAAGAUCUUAGUUUCCUUGAGGAAGACGACGAAAAAGCUUCCAUCGUCAACCACUCGGCUUCAAAUCCGGAAUUCCCCACCGAUGAAGGUAAUGAAGAUUUCGACGGAAUGUAUUCCGAUCAGGGGUCUUAUUUGCAGCCGGAGUUUGACGAGAAGGAUGUUGUUGUACUGAAAGAUGAGAAUUUCAGUAAGUUCUUGAAGAAGAAUCGGUUCGUCAUGGUGGAAUUUUACGCGCCAUGGUGCGGACACUGCCAGGUUUUUGCCCCGGAAUACGCCGCAGCUGCGACUGAGUUAAAGGGAGUGGCGGCACUCGCGAAGGUGGACGGCACUGAAGAAAAUGAAUUGGCGGAGAAGUAUGAUAUCCAGGGGUUCCCUACAAUGUACUUUUUCAUUGAUGGAGUUCACAAACUUUAUUCGGGCCAAAGAACCAAAGAUGCUAUUGUGACUUGGGUUAAGAAGAAGACUGGACCUAGUAUUUACAACAUAACCACAACAGAGGAUGCAGAGCGGAUAUUGAAUACUGAAGAUAAACUGGUUUUGGCCUUUCUUUAUUCUCUUGUGGGUCCUGAAAGUAAUGAGCUUUCUGCUGCCUCAAAAGGUGAAGAUUAUGUUAACUUCUACCAAACUACCAGCCCUGAUGUGGCCAAGCUGUUCCACCUUGACCCUAAAGUUAAACGUCCUGCUCUGGUCUUGCUGAAGAAAGAGGCAGAGAAACUAAGCCACUUCGAUGGCCAAUUUACCAAAUCUUCUAUAGUUGAGUUUGUGCUUGCCAACAAGCUUCCUUUGGUGACCAUAUUUACUAGGGACAGUGCUCCUUUGCUUUUUGAGAAUCCAAUCAAGAAACAGCUUUUGUUGUUUGCCACUUCAAACAGUUCAGAGAAGCUCAUUCCAAUAUUUCAGGAGGCAGCAAAGUUUUUCAAGGGAAAGCUUAUCUUAGUCUAUAUUGAAAUGGACAAUGAAGAAGUUGGGGGACCAGUUUCAUACUUCUUUGGUGUCACUGGAGAUGGUCCACAUAUUCUCGCAUACGCAGGAAAUGAGGAUGCCAAGAAGUACGUAUUUGAUGGUGAACUGACCUUAGACCGUAUUAAGGCAUUUGCAGAGGAUUUUCUGGAUGACAAGCUUAAGCCUUUCUAUAAGUCAGAUCCAAUUCCUGAGUCUAACGAUGGAAAUGUGAAAAUAGUGGUUGGAAAUAACUUUGAUGAGAUUGUGUUGGAUGAGUCAAAGGAUGUUCUCCUUGAGAUCUUUGCACCAUGGUGUGAGCACUGCCAAGCACUGGAGCCCAUUUACAACAAACUUGCCAAGCAUCUGCAGGGCAUUGAUUCUAUUGUCAUUGCCAAGAUGGAUGGAAGCACCAAUGAGCACCCAAGAGUAAAGGUUGAUGGGUUCCCCGCAUUCCUCUUUUUCCCUGCAGGAAAUAAGAAUUCUGAUCCGAUUACUUUUGAAGCUAAUCGAACAGCGGUAGAAUUAUAUAAAUUCAUCAAGAAGCAUGCAUCAAUUCCUUUCAAGCUUCAAAAACCUGCUGGCACUCCAAAAUCUGGUAGUGUUGAUGCUAGUGGAAGCGAGAAGAGCAGUACUGAAGACUUAAAGGAUGAAUUGUGAAUUAGCGGGAUAUGCUUGUUUAUUUUAAUCAUCAGAUUAGAUAAGGAUGGAAGAGUAGGUGGUUAGUGAGACAACGGGGAAACAUCUCAGUUCUUCAUGUAUAAAAUUUUGACAGUCAUGCCUCUCCUUGGAAAAAUCCAGUGAAAAAGCAAUAAAAGCUCCUUAUUUUUCAUUUUCUUCUUACUAAUAUACAACUCUAGUUUUGUUAUCCAAA